GCCGCUGGUACCCCAUAGUCGUCGCCGCAUCGACCGCGCUGGUAACUGGUCCCACGUACAAUGAAGUAGUCAUGGUCGUUGCGGGUUGCUGAAUCGGAAAAGUUUAUAGGAAACAAAAAGCAGUCACUUUCUUGAUUCUUCCAGGUGAAGAACCGUGCUGAUCCCCGCGAUCGGUCCCGGUGCCGUGGGCGCAGGAGGCAGGCAACGAGGGGAGGUGGGAACGAAGAAACCAGGCAGGCAGGGAAGCAGCAGGCUCAGUGAGUUGGGUGAAAAUCGAUGGCCAUCAGCGCCCAUGGGCGGCCUCGCGUUUAGGACAAGGAAUAGCCCCUCCCAGAAGACCUCGCUCCGGUGGGGCGACUGCUGUCCCCCAAACCCCAAUCCAACGUCGUCGUCGGUCGUCUGGAAGCAUCGUCAUCAGGCCAUGCCGCCGGUGCCCGUGUGAGGUUGCCCCCCGCUGUUGCGUGAUUGUACCUCGCGGGGAUUUCAGAGAUAUCCGGACGAUCCGAAAGCGGAUCGACCGCCGAACUUCUCGGACCUACGUCUCCGUCAGCUCGAAUUCGCGCCGGUGGACCUUUACUCCUCGAAGAUGAUCAACAUCGCUGGGGUGAUCUCGAUCGUUCUGUUCUACCUGCUGAUCCUGGGCGUAGGAAUAUGGGCGGCCAGGAAGAAGGAGGCGGGAAACGACUCCGAAGAAGAAGUCAUGCUGGCUGGCCGCUCGAUAGGCCUCUUCGUCGGAAUAUUCACAAUGACGGCGACCUGGGUCGGUGGCGGUUACAUCAACGGCACCGCCGAGGCGAUCUAUACGAGGGGCCUGAUCUGGUGCCAGGCGCCCUUUGGAUACGCCCUGAGUCUGGUCUUCGGUGGUAUAUUCUUCGCGAACAAGAUGCGACAGCAGGGGUACGUUACGAUGUUGGAUCCACUUCAAGACGCGUUCGGGGAGCGCAUGGGUGGCCUCCUCUUUUUGCCUGCUCUGUGCGGUGAGGUCUUCUGGGCGGCGGGCAUCCUCGCGGCCCUCGGCGCCACGCUGGCGGUCAUCAUCGACAUGGAUCAAGGCACUUCUGUCAUCCUGAGUGCCUGCAUCGCGGUUUUCUACACCCUCUUCGGCGGUCUCUACUCCGUCGCUUACACUGACGUCAUUCAGCUCUUUUGCAUAUUUAUCGGUCUGUGGAUGUGUAUUCCGUUCGCUUGGGCCAAUCCGAAGGUGGAGUCUCUCAGUUCCAUGGACGUUGACUGGAUCGGCAAAGUGAGUCCCGACGAGUACUGGUUUUAUUUGGAUUACGGUUUACUUUUGGUAUUCGGCGGCAUACCUUGGCAAGUGUACUUCCAACGCGUCCUCUCCUCGAAAACCGCGGGCAGGGCACAGAUAUUGAGUUACGUUGCCGCUAUGGGUUGCAUCCUCAUGGCUAUUCCUCCCGUUCUGAUUGGUGCAAUCGCCAAGGCAACACCUUGGAACGAGACGGGAUACACCGGUCCCUAUCCCUUCACGGAGCAAGAGACCAGCAUGAUUUUGCCGCUGGUCUUGCAACAUCUGACGCCGGACUUCGUCUCCUUCUUCGGGUUGGGAGCGGUAUCGGCGGCCGUGAUGUCUUCUGCGGACAGCAGCAUCCUCUCUGCUAGUUCGAUGUUUGCUAGAAACAUUUACAAAUUGAUCUUCCGUCAGCGGGCGUCGGAGAUGGAGAUCAUCUGGGUGAUGCGAGCGGGGAUUGGCGUGGUCGGCGUGCUGAGCACCGUGAUGGCCCUCACGAUACCUUCGAUCUACGGCCUCUGGUCGAUGUGCUCAGACCUCGUCUACGUGAUCCUGUUCCCGCAGCUGCUGAUGGUGGUGCACUUCAAGGACUACUGCAACACCUACGGCAGCCUAUCAGCGUACAUAAUCGCCUUCCUGGUGCGGAUCAGCGGUGGUGAGCCGAUGCUGGGCCUGCCCGCGCUGAUCCACUUCCCAGGCUAUAAUGCGGAGACCGCGACACAGAUGUUCCCGUUCAGGACGAUGGCGAUGCUGAUGUCGCUGGUGACUUUGGUCGGCGUGUCGUACGGCACGCAAUACGCCUUCCUGAACGGACGGCUCGCGCCGGGCUACGACGUCUUCAGGUGCGUGGUGAACAUCCCGGAGGACGUCGAGCGGGUCGGCCCGGACCCGGCCGAAGGCGAGCAGAUGGCCGUCCUGGCCGCCGGCGUCGGCAGACUGUACGGCAGUAAGGACGAAUCCAACGGCCGAGUGAACCCUGCACUCGAGCCGGACUACGACAUGGAGCCGGGAUGCACGAUGAUCGGGGGUGCUCCAGACGGCGUCGUCAGCAGUGGCGGCGGUGGCGGCGGCGUCGGUGGCACCGGAGGGCACAUGGUACCCCACGUGCCCGGCGGUGCGACCCGACAACCGCAAUCCAGCACCGCGUUCUAAUUCCCGGUUCCGUGAUCGCAUGCUGUGACCAACAAUAAGUGCGGCGGUGUGGGCCCCUCUCUUUCGUUCCUUCUCUCCUGUGACCCCCUCGUCGAUCUUCUUCUUCCUGGUUUCCGUCGUUAUCUUUCCGGACGUUUCGUUCAGUGAGACAUUCAGGUUUCUUUCGUCGGAGGAACCCCGUUUCCGGUCAGCUUUCCUCAGCGAGAUCUUUUCGAUUAAAAUCGCUGUUCGCUGUUCUUUUUCUCUCUUUCGAAAGAGAGACUUCCGGUGCCGCGAGUUCCCGAUGAACGCGAUCAACGAUUGUUCUGCAUACGUUUUACGUAUUUGUUGAAAGAUUUUAUUGGCGCGUUAAUUUUACUGACAUUUGAUUGUCACGUUAUUAAUUGUGUUGUUCAUAUAUAACUGACAGAUAUAUAUUUUACUGUUAAUAGAAUUUUUGCUUACUGAGGUCAUUUGUUGAGCGCUAUUCUGAAAUCUUGCUGGACGACAGUUAAUACUAGAACGUCCAAUGUACUUGCUUUUCCGCAUCGUUUCCACAUCUCGAGCGUAAUCGCUAUCGACGCGGCGCCCAUUAUCGCGUAUCUCUAGCUCUAGCAUUGCUUUCUCUAGUGACACGCGUCCCCGAGAAUUACGAGGAUAAUUACCGCGAUUACCGUAGAUGAUCGAAAUUAUCAGUGGCGCAGCAAAUUAUCUAUCUCGGGGGUUCGUUCUAGUGUUAACCGACUUUCCGACUUUCCCGGCUCGUUGCGUAAAUCCUCCUCAGUGUAUUUCCGGUACGCUUUUCUUUUUCCUACCCGCUCUACGACCACGAAGCUCCAAGACGAGCCAACAAUGCGGUGGCCUGCGGUAAGUCCGAAACGAAGUUUCUUUCGUACUUGUGUGCGUGUGUACGUGUGUAUGUGCGUGCGUGCGUGCGCGGGUGUAUCUGUGUACGUGUGUAUGUGCCUGUAUACGUGUGUGUAUGUUGCACGCUGCUGGUGCCCGUGUAACGAUCAGUACCUGCCCGCGUCCGCUCGCGUUCGUGCUCCCGUCGUGUUUCUGUUCACAUGGGAGAAGUGAUAGACAAUGACAAAAUGAAGAAAAGAUAAGAGAAAAAUAAGAGAGAGAGAGAAAUAUAAAGAUAGCCGGGAAGCAGGCGCGAGCGGUAACAAGGGGAUAAGCGUAGUGUUUUCAAACCGGAAGUCGGAGCUUCAGGCGUAUUCGGGCCGGGCGUCCCUAUCCCGCACCGCCAAUUAGGCCUAGUGAUCUCCUUGUUUUCUUUUUGGAGAAGUAUAUAUGAUAGGUAUAUAUGAUAGGUAUAUAUAUACAUAUAUAUAUACAUAUAAUACAUACAAGAGAAGAGAUAUUAUAUAUAUAUAUAUAUAUUUAGAGUUUAACGAAGCUGCUUGAGGGCGUACGAAGUGCGAACGAUCUGCCUGAUCUGAGAAAAUCGACGGUGAUCGUGGGGGUUCCCGUCGAGGGGUUCCCGCACGAUCGAUCGGCGGCGGCUUCUUCGUUAAAAAUUAAUUAGAUCGAGCGGCCAACGUGUUAGCGUUCAUGCGGGAUUAUGCGCGGAAUAUCGUAGGCGUAUCGCGUAUUCUCUCUUGACUUUGCAUACAUCAGUCGCUGCAACGACAAAGGAGAUUUGUCGUCGCUGAGGUCUACGUGGUCUACUGCAAUCCCUGACCUUUUCGGAUAAUGCAACUUUGAUUCUCGUUUAAUGUCAAAAGCGUUACCCCAGCGGGAUCGAAACUCGGAGCUUCACAACAAUGCACGUGUUUCGAAAUUGUGAAAUUAGAUAGACGGAAAGGGUACGCGAUGCCUCCGAAACAUCCUUCGAAUCGUUGCUCCGCGUUUCAUGCUAAAUACAACAAUCUCCGUCUAAUUUAAAAUUUGGACGAAUAAUAUAAAGACAUAUAUAAAGUAUAUAAACAUAUAUAAAAAUGAAUAAAAUAAAGAGAUUGAAGAAAAGAGGACGUGUGGAAGAAUCAGACUGUUAUAUUUAGCAUCAAGGGCGCAUGAGGAAUAUAGAAGGAGGCACAUGAAUGAUUUAUAUUCAUCGUCAAUCUAGAUAUCAAGAAUGUUAUGAAAGAAUGCAAUAGUAAAAGAUAUUGACUCUCUAAUAUUUCUAUUAAUAAUCAAAUAAUAAUGAUAAAUUAUAUUGUUCUCAAAAUUAUAUAAUUAUAUUGAUAUAUUGACUGACGAUAAAUAUGCAUAUCAAUCGGUCACUCCUUCAAGACGAAAGAAAGACCCCAUCCAUCCUCCUUUAUCGCUGUGCAAUUAGUUUGUGCUAUAAUUAGUUGCCGUGCGUCGUAAUGUCGGGUGUCCGUGUCGGUGUCAGGAGAAGAGGUAAAACGAAGCUUUUGUACUUGCGAUCGAUCGUCGUUCUUCCCUCGUUUCAUCCAGUCGAACGUACAAGAACACACGAGGUACGCACACACUAACACGUACACGUAUGCGAAACAUAUCCAUUUACACGUAUUAGCAUUUAGAAACACGUGUAUAAAUGCGACGUGUGUAGAAUCGAGUGGCACCGGAGGAUGAUGAUGAUGAUGAUGAUGGUCGCUCGUGUUUAGCCGUAGAGAAAUUUAGCUUCUUUGCGACUCACGUGCGACGUCCCGUUUUAUCAUGAUUAGCCUUUCAUCUUGAACAAUUAUACGUCAGAGUUUCUUUUACAGAAUCUAAACGGAGAAAUCUGAAUAUAUUUUUUAUAAUGUUCUCUUGAUAAGAUAUUGAUGUAAAAAGUGCGAGAGAACAACCACAUCAAUUAGCAUGUUGAUUAACAUAACAAAUUAUUUGCAGGAAGAUAAUACUUGCAUAUUUGCAGAAAAUUUACAUAUUCCUAGUUUAGAUGUUUUUUAGACACGAUAACGCUCGUCACAUCGUUCGAGUGUGAAACGUGAGUCGCAGAGCGUUAACCAGGCAGAUCGUUCGUAGCGCUGGUCCGUUGUGUUUAUCAUAUAGUAUAUAUAUAAAAAUGUAUGAUAUAAUCAUGAGCAGUAAAAGUGCAGUAAAAGAAACGAGAGAAAGAGAGAUGAGUGACUUAGGGAAUUACGAGGAAAAAAAGCUUAGAUCACUCUGUCUCUCUCUAUAUAUAAAUUAUUAUACCUACGAAUAUACGUUAUAUACAUACACCAGAAGACUAAAUCCAUAGGUGUUAAUAUCGCAGGUACGAGUUAUCGCCGUCAUUGUUAAUUUUUUGGGGAUCUGUUUGUUACGCGUCGUUCACACACAUACAUGCAUAUAUAUAUAUAUAUAAAAUAAAAUAUAGCGCCGAUCCCCCCCGUGAGGAAGCUACGCAAUACGCAUAAACGCCUAGGAAAAUACAUAAUAUUACGCUCAUUAUAUAUUGCUCAUGUAUUGUAUCAUUAUUUGCCGCCAAAAUGGAUCAUGAAAACGCCGCACUUUGAGAAUCGACGUCGGCGUCAGUGGCGGACGGUGAAGUUCUCGUCUUUCGAGACCUAAAACUUAAUAAUUUUCAUGAGACUUUGAUACGCAAUCGGAGAGUAUUAAAAUAAACGUAAUGCGCUAAGAUAAAAAAAGCAAUGUUAAGUUAUAAGAUUAAAGAAGAAAGACAUAUUUUUGAAGAUUAUUACGCGCGAUUGUUUGAGUUGGACCUCAAAUUCAAAUUUCGACAGUUUUCGCGUGAUUUUGCCAUCUGCCGCCAUUCGCCGGCGUCCUGGCACUUUUCUUUUGGACUUUUCUUUUGCAGAAUUUCGGCGAACGCACUCACGAGAACUCGUUUCCCGAAUCUCGACGCGACGUUGCCGCGGUGACGGAAUGAGAUACUUUAGAUAAUUUCAUAAAUUGUAGAACGAUUUUGUACUUAGUUCCUAUUCACCCGAGAUGAAUUGUGACAAGCGUCUGACUUUGUAAUUCCCACGCAUGCAACGCGAUUAAGUUAAAGCAUUUUUCGUUCGUUGAAGAGUUAUUGUUUGUAAAAUCGUAAUUUCCAUUCACAUUGCUGAGUGAAUAACGACCGAUGGUCAGAAAUUUCCGCUUAUUUGUUAAUUCAUUCAUGGAUUCAUGGUCAGAAAUUUCUGCUCAUUUGUUAAUUUAUUCAUGGAUUCAUGGUCAGAUUUGCUUCCGUGUUAAAUUCUUAAAUGUGUAAAAUGUGUUAAUUCAUGCAUCUACUUUUAUAGAUAUGUAGUAGAUAUAAAAGUAUAUAGAGAAUUCUUAUAUGUUUAAAAUAUCAGAGAAUUUUAAUAUCAAUGCUAUCAAUUAUAACGUUGGGCGAAACUCUUACAUAAUUUAAUAUUAAAAAGAAAGAAGAACAUAUUUAUAAUCCAAAUGUUACGAACUAAGGGGCUUUUUAAAUUUUAACGACGCAGUAAUCCGCGUAUACGGUAAAAGUUUCCUCUUUGUUAACUCUAUAAACAAACCUAUUCUAAAUUAUCUAAAAUGUUAAUAAUUUUAUUUACUUUAUAUUUAUAUGUAUUAUCAAUUUUAGGAAAAAACAUUUUAAAUUAAAAGAUAUUACGGAUAUGUAAUAUCUCUUUUUCACGCACUUGCCGAGAUCUAGUCAGCAGUGAAAAUAAUUGACAAUUCAAUUUUCCGAAGUGAACCGAAUUCGGAAGGCUCUCUUUGUUUUCGCGAUCGCGCUCGUCUGCGAGCCUCUCUUCCGUUACGCAACGGAAUCGAGGCGUUCUCCCGACCGCGCCUGGAUCCUUCCGGAUCUUUCGCGAUUGGCCGGAAGUCAUUGGCCGUUUCCGGUUUCGCGCGCCUACGUGUUACCCGCUCGCUGAGCUCCGAGGCUCCAGGUGAAAUUACGCGGGCGACGGAGGACGCGGACGGAGCGGAGGAGGAUGCUCUCGCGCGAAGAGACGCGCUGCAACGCGCUUGCCGAAGAGCUCGCCCGCGUCUCUCUUCGUGCAUUUCCGCCCGCGUUCAUCCAUCAUUAAGCUCGGCGAACUUUCACUCGGAUAUUAGAGACGAUGACGAGCGGGCCGGUUAGUUAAUUCGAGACGCUCGUGGACAACGCGCGCGCGCCAUCAUUACCCUUAUUAUAUUUCUGUCGAAGCUAAUCACGGUGCGAUGAACCGCGUGCGAAGACCGCUGGCUUCUCGCACUGCAUGGGAACGCCGGGAAAGUGUCACAAACGAAAGUACCGUGGAUCAUUUAUUUUUGUAUGUACACUCUCGCGGCUUUUCCGAGACAAGUUUUUCGAAUAAAAGUCUCUCGAUCAAUCGAAGUCCACAUUGAAUGUUCUCGAAGCUCGAUGUUCCGGAUUACAGAAACUUGAAACUUGAAAGUUCAUUCUAAAUGUCGAUGGGAUAAGGACCUUGAACGGGCUCUCGAAUAUCCAAUUAUUAGAUGAUAGCUUUGAACGCUCGAACCCACAUGGAAUCUUCAGGCCUUGCACUCUUAGAUUCUUACGCUGUCGAUGAGAAUUCUUCAACGACCGGCGGGAUGUGAGUCCUCGGUUCCUUGAUAUCUUGAGUUCUUGCAUCCUCGCGCCUCUCUCGAUCUCCAUAUUGCCUUUGCAUUCGUCUUUCAGCAUUUCUUUCUACGCUCAUUAGAUUAUUGUAAUGAUAUAAAUGAGGAAGGAAGUAGAUUUUACUAAUUACCAAGCAUAGAUUCAUUCGCACAUCGAUCUUAUCCAAACGGGCAUUAUUUCGGGAUGCGUUGUCGCAUUUAUUAUACUUGACUGUUUGAUAAUUGUGCUUCGACAAAUGAGAUUGAUUAACAGUCGAGCGUUAGGCAGUUCCCACCGCUUCUUUUGUAUGCAUUUGAGGGAGGAGGUGUCGCGUGUUGAGAACGCGAUAGAAACUAAGUAGAUAUUUGUAGCUUACGGGACUAUCCCGUAAGACGGCCACAUAUCAUUUACAUAUCAAUCAACGUAACGUUGUAAUCAACGACGCAACGAGAAACCUAUACAUAUCAUAAAGUGUGCUCUAUUGUAUAUUAGGUGAUUAGUCUAAGGCGCGGAGAUGAGAUGGCGCGUAAUAUAAGCUAAUUCUAUAUAUAUGAGACACAUAUGUAUAUACAAUAUAUUAAUAUAUUAUGCAUCCUUUGAGAGGCGAACGUGUUCGUCGCUCUUUGAAAACGGGGCGAGAGAGGUCACUCGCGCGCCCUUAUCAGCCGCGAAUGUCCUCCCCUUGAUCCGUAAGUGCGCAAGUACUUGGUUCGUUGCGGUCGCGAGUCGAGUCUUGAAAAUCCGUUAACGUCGCAUCAAUUUAUAUUCUAGAUUACUUAAAGUUGGCGAUUCUCAAGAUUCAAGUCGCGGAGACAAGGCGUAGGGACGUGAAACGUUUUCUUGAGCAUUUCCUUUCUCCCCGAUAUAAAAAUCUAACAAUUAUGUGUAAUUAUGCUAAUAAAACGUUUUUUGUUACAUGAUAAAUGCAUGAAUACCUAAUUUAUCAUCCAGGUGCUCGUAAAAUAAAAUAAAAUACGAAAACUUUUUCUUAUAUUCUUAACGUAUUAGCAAAAGAAUUGGAUUAAUCUUGAAAGAACUCGCGCACUUCUGGGCUUUGUUCUUGCCCACGGAGCGACGUCGUUUCGCCGCGAAAUGGAAUCGCGCGACUCAGCAGCCAAUAUCCUGUACGAUAAUAAAAGCAAGCAAGAAGAAGAAACGAGACAUAGGUAAAUGCGAGCACGCGCGGCUCAAUAAAAGCUAAGAACGAGGACGAUCUCCAACCCAGCGAAUCGUCGAUUACUUUUCCGCUUGGAGACCAAAAUGCGGCAUACACCUGAUGUUACGCGUCCCCAAACAAACGCACGGGGUGACUACCUAAGAAUAGAGUAUUUAUUAAUCAUGUAUAAAGCAGAUCCCAAAAGAAAUUCAGCCCAUCCCCCUUCCCCGUGUCCCUGCCUCGUCCGGGAGAGUAUAUUCAUGUAUAUGUAUUGCAGAAGCGUUACUGUAUAUUAUGACAUUAUACGUGUAUAAUUGACAAACGAAAAAAAAGAGAUGUUGAUUGUAAAUGUUAAAAAUAAACGGUGUAUAAAAACGA